UGGGCCGGCCUGAUUAUCGAUGCAGCAUCGUUCACGUCCACGAUUCCAUGCAUCGAUUAUUUGAUUCAUUUCGACACCCCUAGUUCCAAAUUGAACAUGGCGCAGCGCGUCAUCAAGUACUUCUCGGACGGCUCGAGCAGCACGUUCCCCGUGUCCUUCGACUACCCCGUGCAGAUUGAGCCCGACACCGCCAGCUUGGUGCUGGACGGCAACGAGCUGAGCUACUUCGGACAGGAGGGCAUGACGGAGGUGCAGUACGGGAAGGUGACCUUCCAGUUCCAGUGCUCGUCGGACAGCACCAAUGGCACCGGUGUGCAGGGAGGCCAGAUCCCCGAGCUCAUCUUCUACGCCUGAGAGACGCACGCCCGCCGAGGGAGAUUUACUGCUUCGCUUCUAGGGGGGUUUGGGUAUCGAGGAACCGAUUCCUACCGUUGGAAUCGUUUGGAGGAUUUUGGUUUCAAAUCUGAUCGUGGGUUCCAAAUAGAGGUGGGAAUCUUCACUGAUCUCCCGAUUCGAUUAAGAUUAUCACGUCUUUGAUUCGAUAUCUCGAUGCGUCAAAUCCAUGUUUCGAUUAAAGCCACGUAGGAUUUUUAAUUCGUAGCUUUUCAAGCUUCAAAAACCAAACAUUCUGCAGUGCUCUAAUACUAAAUAACUUGGAUACAUAAAACGA